AUGACUAAGCUGCAGGAAGCAGUGACAUUCAAAGACGUGGCUGUGGUCUUCUCUGAGGAGGAGCUGGGGCUGCUAGACUCUGCCCAGAGGAUGCUGUACCGCGACGUCAUGCUGGAGAACUUCAGGAACCUGGUCUCUGUGGGACAUCAGCCCUUCAAGCCAGAUGUGAUAUCACAGUUGGAGAGGGAGGAGAAGUUGUGGAUGAAGGCGUUCCAGACCCACGGAAGCAGGCAUUCAGGAGGCAGGAAUCAAAAUGAGACGGAGACUCUUCAUGAAGCAGGAUUAAGGUGCCUUUCACUGGGAGAGCUUUCAUGCUGGCAAAUCAGGGGACCUGUGAGCAAAUUAACUAGAAGACAAGACUCCAUGAUGAAUAUUCAAGAAAAGGGUGCUCAGUGUUCCAAGCAACGUGAUUCUCCCUGCCAAGCAGGGCCAAGAGUUUCUGAAGAUGACAGCUAUAUAAUGAAUCUCAUAGGGGAUGAUUCCAGUGUUACCAAAAAUCAAGAAUUUCCAAGUGGGAGAACUCAGAAUUCUUGGAGUAAAAUAUAUCUAAAUGAGACCCAGAAUUAUCAGGGAAGUUGUACGCAAACUCAAAUGAAAAGCAAAUUAUGUAUAUUUACUCCAUGUGUUGACAUUUUCAAUUGCAUUUCACACUAUCAUGACAAUAUAGCACACAAAAGAGAUAAGGCUCAUAAUGACAACGAUUAUGGUAAGGAUAUCUCACCUCUUAACCAGCAUACUAUAAUUCUCACAGGACAGAAAACGUACCAGUGUAAUGAAUGUGAAAAUGCCUUCAGUGACCACUCCAGUCUUGAACUUCAUCAGCAGGCACACUUGAGAAAGAAGUCCCCUACAUGUAGUACAUAUAGAAAGGACGUCAGUUAUGGCUCAGGUAUUCCAGGUCAACAAAGUGUUCACAGAGGGAAAAAACGCUAUUGGUGUCAUGAGUGUGGUAAGGGUUUUAGUCAAAGCUCAAAUCUGCAAACUCAUCAGAGAGUCCAUACAGGGGAGAAACCCUAUACAUGCCAUGAAUGUGGCAAGAGCUUUAAUCAGAGCUCACAUCUUUAUGCUCAUCUGCCUAUUCACACAGGAGAGAAGCCCUACAGAUGUGAUAGUUGUGGGAAAGGCUUCAGUCGUAGCACAGAUCUUAACAUUCAUUGCAGAGUUCACACUGGAGAGAAACCUUAUAAAUGUGAGGUGUGUGGGAAGGGCUUCACUCAGAGAUCACAUCUUCAAGCGCAUCAAAGAAUUCACACAGGAGAGAAACCAUAUAAAUGUGGGGAUUGUGGUAAACGCUUUAGCUGUAGCUCAAAUCUUCAUACCCAUCAGAGAGUCCACACUGAAGAAAAACCUUACAAAUGUGAUGAAUGUGGUAAGUGCUUUAGUUUGAGCUUUAAUCUUCAUAGUCAUCAGCGGGUCCACACAGGAGAGAAACCCUAUAAAUGUGAAGAGUGUGGUAAGGGUUUUAGUUCAGCCUCAAGUUUUCAGAGCCAUCAGAGGGUCCACACAGGAGAGAAACCAUUUCGAUGCAAUGUGUGUGGGAAAGGCUUCAGUCAGAGUUCGUAUUUUCAGGCCCAUCAGAGAGUCCACACUGGAGAAAAACCAUACAAAUGUGAGGUGUGUGGGAAGCGCUUUAAUUGGAGUUUGAACCUCCACAAUCAUCAAAGAGUCCACACAGGAGAGAAGCCCUAUAAAUGUGAGGAGUGUGGUAAGGGUUUCAGUCAGGCCUCAAAUCUUCAAGCUCAUCAGAGCGUCCACACUGGGGAAAAGCCCUUCAAGUGUGACGCAUGUCAGAAACGAUUCAGCCAAGCCUCACAUCUCCAAGCCCAUCAGAGAGUCCACACUGGAGAGAAACCAUAUAAAUGUGACACUUGUGGGAAGGCCUUCAGCCAGAGAUCAAAUCUUCAAGUCCAUCAGAUAAUUCACACUGGAGAGAAACCAUUUAAGUGUGAGGAGUGUGGGAAGGAAUUCAGUUGGAGCGCGGGUCUCAGUGCUCAUCAGAGGGUCCACACGGGAGAGAAACCAUAUACAUGUCAGCAGUGUGGGAAAGGCUUCAGUCAGGCCUCACAUUUUCACACACAUCAAAGGGUCCACACUGGAGAGAAGCCAUAUAUAUGUGAUGUCUGUUGUAAGGGUUUCAGUCAGAGGUCACAUCUUGUAUACCAUCAGAGAGUCCACAGUGGAAGUAAUCUGUAGAAAUGGAGGUGUGGCAUAGCCUUCAGUUAG